UAGAACCAAAGAUUGUAAAUUAAAAGUGAGUGAUUCUUAUAAAUUUUGUAAUCUGAUAACCGUAGGAAAGUAGAAGAGAAGAUGGCGGAGACGGUAGUGAACCUGAAACCAAUCGAAGCCACACCCGAAAGCUUCAAAGAAUACGGCCAGGUGAUAGAACCAUCACCAGAUGGUGAUGAAUUCGGUCCUCAAGAUGCCCAGUUGGAUCUUACCCAAGGAAUUCCCAGGUUCUACAUUAUGCACCUGCAGGACAGGCCGCUUUACUUCUCGAAUAUUACUCAUCAUGCGAGUGUGACUCAGUGCCUUGGAUCGAUCACAGGUGGAGUUUGGUAUCUGGGUUUGGCUAAGCCAUCAGUUCUGGAUUCAAAGGAAAAGAAAGAAGAAGAUUGUGAUAAUGAUAUUCUGCAGUCACCUUGUGGCCAUUUCUAUGUGUCUCCUGCUGUAGAUGAGGUUCGAAUUUUUAGAAUUUCUGGGCCCAAGUUUGUUAAGCUUGAGAAGGGAACUUGGCAUGCAGGGCCUUUGUUUAAAGGGGAUUCAAUGGAUUUCUACAAUUUGGAAUUGAACAAUACCAAUGUGAGCUUAAUUUUUCAUUUUCAUUUUUCUCUGUCUCAGGUUGUUGAUUUUCUUCUCUUGCAUUCAGUUUUAGUGUAGCCUCAUUAUUUCAUCAUUUUGACUAGAUACAACCAUCACUAGAUAAUAGCUGUAGUUUUGUUGAAUUGGAUCACCUGUUGAAAGCCUUUCUCCUCCUAAGUUUAAUGAGGUUAGCUACUUAUAGGAAAGGAGGGUCUCCCAUAUUCGAACUAGUAUUAGGUUUGUGUCAUGGUGCGCCCACAUUGAUGCAAAAAAUGUAUAAGAGGUAGGAUUGUCUCCGAAUUCCAUUUCGGCAGGAUCAUUACAGGGUAAUGACCUUUACUUGGGAAGUAGGAGAAUUUGGCAGCACCUUCGGUUUGAAUCUGAUGAUUCAAAACUCAAGAUUGCAGGACAGGUAAACUCCUAGCUGUCAUCAGUCUAAAACACGACAACAUUUUCUAAAGUUGUUCUAGUCUGUGGAAGUAAACAUCAUGUGUUAAGAACUUACCGGCAUGGCUGCUUCUUCUUCUUCUACUUCUUGGGUUAAGGAUAUUGCUACUUCUCUAUGCAGGUAGUGGACCACACAAAACAUGACUUCAAGGAGCAAAAUGGGGUUGUGUUUUUAGUGGAGGAGUAAUGGUGUAAAUUUAAGAAGUGAUUUAACUUGUAUCUCAAUCGAAGAAAUAUAAAUGUAUCUAUUUCUGUGC